CAGCAACAGCAAUCCGUUCUACACCAACAGAAUUACCUUCCAAUCCAGUACCAAAGACUUUGUCACCCUAAUAUGUACUCCCUCACUUCAACCGCCAUCCUGCUCGUCGCACUCUGCUCUGCCCUUCCUCAAUCCAGUCCCACCGCCCCUGCUGAAGAAGUCAAAAUCACCGACUUCCACCUUGUUCGUGGCGCCAGCUCUGCUCAUGAUAUCAAGAGUGUCGACUUUGCCAUCAGCUCGACACCCUCCUCUCCUGAGCCGUACAAACUGAACUGCUCAGCUACAAACCCGGUCCUCAGCACGGGUCCAUUUGUGAAGUGCACCGGCCCUGAUGACACGAUUCCAGGGGGCAACGUGGCGAGGUUUUCGUUCCGACUAUUUGGUAGCGAUAACAAUGAAUAUCUUUUACAGUUGGCGCAUAGCUUGAGUGAGACGACUACGAGAUAUGGCGAGGGGGAGAUUGAGACUACAUGUGUUGUGCAACAUGAGGAAGGGGGAAGUGAGUGUUUCAACGAAGAGACUGUGCUCGGGCUUGAGGAAGCUUCCUAGGUUAUGGAGCUGACUAGCUGUAUGUGUACGAUAUGCUUGAGGAUGGGACACUCUUUGGCAAUGGUAAGACAUGUGUAGGUAGUCAUGAUGCAACAAAUUGUUUCAAG